CACGAGUGUAUACACUCCAAAGUUUUACAAAAUCUGUAAUCUUUCCGUAUUUUUCUCCAAUUAUUAAUAAAAAUUAAUACUUUAAAAACAAAUUUCCAUCUACAAAAACACCCUUUACACUCUUUCUUUCUUUCUUGUGUGAAUAUGGUUCUUCACCACCGAUAACAACAUUUUCUGAAGCUUUUUGUUCGAUUUGGAGUGAUGGGUUGUUGUAGUUCUUGCUUUUCUAAAGAACCCAGAUCAGAAAACAAUAAUAUUCACCAAAACACUCAUCAACACUCUCCAUCAAACGGUAAAGGUGCUGCCUUUGCCGGAGAUGGUGGCGGUGUGCCGGUGUUUUCUGAGUACUCACUGGCGGAUUUGAAGGGUGCAACUAAUAACUUUAGUUCUGAGUUCAUUGUGUCUGAAAGUGGGGAGAAAGCUCCUAAUGUUGUGUAUAAGGGGAGGCUGCAGAAUCGGAGGUGGAUUGCGGUUAAGAAGUUUUCGAAAAUGGCGUGGCCCGAUCCGAAACAGUUUGCGGAUGAAGCAUGGGGAGUUGGAAAACUGAGGCAUAAGAGGGUUGCGAAUUUGAUCGGAUAUUGCUGUGACGGGGACGAAAGGCUGCUUGUUGCAGAGUAUAUGCCUAAUGAUACUUUAGCCAAACAUUUAUUUCACUGGGAGAAUCAAACAAUCGAAUGGGCAAUGCGUUUACGGGUUGCCUUAUGUAUUGCUGAAGCAUUGGAUUACUGCAGUACCGAAGGCCGUCCAUUGUAUCAUGAUUUGAAUGCAUAUAGAGUUCUCUUUGAUGAGAAUGGCGACCCACGUCUUUCAUGUUUUGGUUUGAUGAAAAAUAGUAGGGAUGGAAAAAGUUACAGCACGAAUCUUGCAUACACUCCUCCUGAGUAUCUAAGAAACGGGAGAGUUACGCCCGAAAGUGUUAGUUUUAGCUUCGGAACUGUUCUCUUGGAUCUUCUGAGUGGAAAACAUAUUCCCCCGAGUCACGCGCUUGAAAUGAUUCGGGGCAAAAACAUUCUUUUGUUGAUGGAUUCACAUCUGGAGGGGAACUUUUCAACCGAAGAAGCAACCGUUGUUUUUGAUCUCGCUUCGCGUUGCUUGCAGUAUGAACCGAGGGAACGACCUAAUACCAAAGAUCUUGUUGCCACACUUGCUCCGUUGCAGAACAAACCAGAUGUCCCUUCUUAUCAAAUGCUCGGGAUCCCAAAACAUGAAGAAGCGCCCGCAACACCGCCACAUCCUCUUUCUCCGAUGGGUGAUGCGUGUUCAAGGAUGGAUCUGACAGCCAUUCAUCAGAUAUUGGUGAUGACACAUUAUAAAGAUGAUGAAGGCACUAAUGAGCUUUCUUUUCAAGAGUGGACCCAACAAAUGAGGGAUAUGUUGGAGGCGAGGAAGCGCGGGGAUCUAGCUUUUCGUGAUAAAGAUUUUAGAACUGCAAUUGAUUGUUACUCUCAGUUCAUUGAUGUUGGCACUAUGAUAUCACCAACGGUGUACGCAAGGCGCAGUCUCUGCCACCUCAUGUGCGAUCAACCUGACGCAGCUCUUCGAGACGCGAUGCAAGCGCAGUGUGUCUACCCAGAUUGGUCAACCGCAUUUUACAUGCAAGCUGUUGCCCUUGCGAAGCUGGACAUGCACAAAGAUGCAGUUGAUAUGUUGAAUGAAGCUGCAACUCUUGAAGACAAAAAACGCGCUAAAUGAUCAUCAUAUUCUCUUCCCUUCUCUUGUUGUAAGCAUAUCCUGAUUGUUGUUGUGGGGAUGAAUAACCAGUCUUCUUUUAUUUAUUUAUUUUUAUUUUUAUUUCCAAUUUUUAAUUUUGAUUUUCUUGAUCUGGAAUGUGUGAGAUGCAAGCAACAUGCAAGCAAAUAUGUACAUGGAUUUAUCCUACUUUUGUUACAUAAUUAGUGUGGGAUUUAGGA